AAGCAGUGCGCACUUUAAAUUGACAGACGUCCAUUUUUGAAAAUAAAUUAUUAUGCGACUAAAUAGUGUUUUUGUAAAUCUUAAAUAAGGAACAUGAAUAAAAUCCACUUUUUGUGUUGUCGUUUACGUUAAAAUUGUGCGGAUGUCCUCCACUUUGAAGAUUAUUUAUAAAGGAAGAAUAACUGACAACGACGGUGAAAUGGUCACACAAGUGUUUAAAAUGGGAUGCUAUGCAUGCUCUAUCUGGAGUACAUGGAGUGCUUGCAGCGUUACGUGUGGCGGUGGAUCACAGACUAGAUACUGUCAGUCACCAAUUAGUUCUAGAACAUCACGGGAAUGUAAUACUUAUUGCUAUAACCAAGGAACAUACACCAAUGGAAGGUGUCAAUGCACCCCCUGGAGAACCGGAACAUGCUGUUUAGGUUGCCGGCAUGUUUCACUUCCCCAAUGUGUGUCUGGCUAUCAAAGUUGUGGAGGAACACCAGAUGGUAUAAAAUGCACGGAAUGCAAUGACGCUUAUUAUUCUACAGGUCUCAUUACCCAUUCAUCCAGAUAUAGUUAUGCAUGUACAGCAUGUCCAACAAUUGCAAAUUGCAAACAAAGAUAUUGUUCUUCUUCUUCCAACACAAGGUGUAGAGAAUGUAUUGACGAUCAAACAUUAUUCAAAAGAACGCAGUCGAAUACCAAAUGUGAGAGAAUGUGUGCUUGGAACAACCAUUACUGUUGGCCCGGUUCUUGCUCGAACGAUCUUACAAGUGGCUGUAUAUGUGCACCUGGUUUUAAAAGAAUUCAGACAUCUUCGGAGACGACAUGUCAUCCUACAAAAUUACCUUCUUUCCUGUUAUGCAAUACAAUAUUCAUUGGAACUCAUGGUCAAAGCAAGCGAGCAAAGACCAAUAAAGAUGGCAUCCAAAAUUGCAGUUCAAUUAAAGAUACAUAUGGAAAUUUCCAACUAUCAUUACUUCAAUACGAAUUGAAAACAGAAUUAAAGAUUCACAUUUCUGGCUAUAACCAGCCUGGUUACAUCAGAAACUAUAAAUUUGGGGUGACAGACAUUUCAAUUAAUGUCAAUAAAAUUGCAGCAAAUGGUUUAACGACAAGAAUUAGCCAUCAACAAUUUGGAGAUGCGUCACUGAACAAAACUAUAAAUUAUGUGAGGCAGGACAAUGGAACCAUUCAGAUAGAUCAGGCAUUGUCUAGUGUCAGGGAAGGCGACUCACUUUGUAUUGAGUUUGAGGCAUUCGGAGGAGGGUAUUUAGAGAGUAAAAAUCUCAUAACUCUAAAGGUGAAUCCGUAUGUCCAGUACCAAAAAGUCAGUAUUAAACGCACUUUAUGUUACACGUUCGAUCAGACACCCCCUAGACAUUGUAGAGAUACUGGAUCUUGCAAUACAGAGCCUUUACAUAUCCUUCAUCCUGUAACACGGUCUCCGAUUAACCGGGUGUCAUUUGCUGGAUGGAUUGAUCCAAUUCCUUUAAAUGGAUCAGCAAAGUAUGCCUCCACAAUACAGGAUUAUACAAUAAGUGUUCAUGAGGUAAUUUCGAAGAAAGGACAGUUGCAACUUGACUAUUCUACAAUGUAUAUGAAAGUAAUGAACGCUUCGAACACAGAUACUUCUUUGUAUCUUAAACCUGAUAAACCAACAUUGUAUGAAGUGAAACUAGAGGUUAAAGAUUUUGCCGGCAACGUACAAGAAGCAAGAAGAUUUAUGCUAUAUGAUGAUACAUCAUUUAUUGAAACAAGAGGCGACAAACCAAUCAUUGUUGAAUCAGCAUCUUAUCUUACAAACCAUACAUGGCAAACACGUGAUACCAUUUGUCUGACAUGGAAAGAUCAUUUUAUUAACAGAUUCUAUACAAAUGAUAAUUUACUCGGCCCUAUACAGCCAGAGCAAAACAGAUUAUUUACGGGUGUAUAUGAGCACAAGUUCGGAUUACUAUCGGUCCAUGGUACUUUAAAUGUGAACGGUAUAAUAAAGUUUUUAGCGACAGUAUUUAUUAAUGGUAAACAAACUGUAGAAACUGAAGCUGCAAAUAUACAAGAGCAGUCAUUUUGUAAAAAUAUCAGUAAUAAUGAUGGCGAUACUUUCACAAUCACGGUACAAGCUAUUGAUAUUGCUGGUAAUACCAAACAAGAAAACGUAACUGUCUCUAUAGACAAAUCUAAACCGGAACUUGAAUUAAUGAAUGUAUCUAACAAUAUUGGCAAACUUCCAGCGGUAGAAGUGCCUACGUCUUCGCAUAGUAUAAAAUUCAAAGCAUUAGAUCGUCAUAGUGGAAUACGAAGUAUAUUUUGGGUAUUUGGAAUAACAAAUUCAAGCUUAAACAUAGCAACAGGUGAUAUUAAUGUUCAUACCUUUAAUAACUUACAGUCUUGUCAUAAUGGUACGUCAACGUGCGACUGUUUCGAUGGCAAACAAUGUGAAUCAUUUAGCUACACCCUACCAGUAAACGCAUUAAAUUUGUGCGACAAAAAAGUGAAAGAUCAUUCAAAUAAAAACUUCUACAUUUCAAUCACCGCUACUAACUUCGCAUUGUUGGAAGAGACUCGGUACAUUGAUGUUUCCAUUGAUUUUACCAGUCUAGAUGAGUUAUGCAAAACAACAAAUUAUGUGACAAUUUUUGUUGGUGUAUCAAGCGGCAUUUUAGUCGUUUUACUGGCCAGUAUUAUGACUUUUGUCAUUCUAGGGGUACGACGUAGAAGGCGAAAAAGUAAACAAGGAUCGGCUGAAAAUAACGGAAACAUUCUGGAAUCCUACGAGAACUUGGAAAACGUUCCAAUGAAUAAAUCCAAAAUUAAAAGCAAAUAUAAAGCAGGAACAAAGGUCACUAAGAAAGCAAACCUAGAGAAUUAUCAAAACCUUGAUCACAAAGAUGUAUGUGCUGAAGAAUCAUAUGAUAAUAUAGCCAUGCACCCAGAAGAAGGAAAAACCAGAAGUAACACAGACCAAAAACCACAGCGAACAGAAAAUAAUGUUUAUGAGGACAUUGCUCGUAAGAAAUGAAUAAGUUUAUAUGAUUCCGUUAACAUAAAUAUUCAUUAUUGCAUAGAACAAAUUACUCUAAAAACAGACAAACAGGUCCAGAAACUUAACGACUACUUUAAAUGUCCAAUUUUAAUCAAAAUAUAAUUAAGACUGCUACGAAUUUUACAAGAACUUAAGAGGAUAUUUCAGUAUUGUACAACCUAUAACCGCGUCGAAAUUGAUAACAUUCAUAUUGCUAAAAUUAUAUUAGGAUUUGGAUAUAAAAUGAUAUCGGGGUACAGAUAUGUGAUGCUAUCUGGAUGUGUAUAAGGAAUAAAAUUGGGUUGCAAUAACCCAUGUACAAUUGCAUUAACACCAUAAGUACUAGGGAAAAUACAACGGUUAAAAAUAAAAUUGAAUAACGUAAGUCAUAUAAUUCUUGCAUCUGCAUGUAAUGAACUUUACCUUUCAGCAUCGAAAGUCACUAAACCAGCACAUUUGUAAAUUGUUUUACCCUUCUCCAAGUCUUAUUGAAUAAAAUACCAUAAUAUCAUUUGUGUUGGUAUGUACAGUGUUUUCUUGUUAAUGUGAAGAAACUUGGUUUUCUUCAUUGUCAUACAUUUAGACAUAUAAAUACAAAACAUUUAUUUCCAAAUUUUCUCUAGCUAUCUUUACUGUUUAAUAAGUGUAAGCCUAUACUUUAAAUGGUACAUCAUUUAAUCAGCCAUUCACAUUCAUUGUCAAACAUGUUUAUUCUCCUCUUUUGUAGAGAAAGUUACCAAGAUCUGAAUGUCAAAGAGAUAUGUACUGAAGAGUCAUAUGAUAAGAUAGCUACACAAGUGCCUGAAGAAAGCGACAAUACUGAAAGAAGUACAGAUCAAAGUCCAAAGCGAGGAGAAAGUCAUAUUUAUGAGGACAUUGCCCAAAACAACCUGAAACGACCAGCUCCAGAAAACGACAUAAAACGACCACCUCCAGAAACUGACGUAAAAAUACCACCUUCAGAAAACGAAGUUAAAAUACCACAUCCAGAAAACGACAUAAAAAGACCACAUCUAGAAAAUGACGUAAAAAUACCACCUCCAGAAAACGACGUAAAAAUACCACCUCCAGAAAACGACAUAAAAAUACCACAUCUAGAAAAUGACGUAAAAAUACCACCUCCAGAAAACGACGUAAAAAUACCAUCUCCAGAAAACGACAUAAAAUUACCACCUCCAGAAAUCGACGUAAAAAUACCACCUCCAGAAAAUGACGUAAAAGGACCACCACCAGUAAACGACGUUAAAAGAACACCACCGAUCUCUCCAAGAUGCGCAGUGAAACAAUCAAAUGAUCGCAAAGCCUGUGCACAUGAAACGAACAUUUACGGGAAUUUGAUAGUAUAAGUUUUAUAUCACAAUGAAAGAAUUCAAGUUUCUAACAGAAUAUUCAUUUAUGUAUUUGAAUAAUACACUGAAGUGACGUUUGUUUAGUUCAUUAAAUUCCAUAUUUUGUCAAGAAAAAAUAUAGGUCCAGGUUGUGAGAAAUGUUAAACAUUUUGUUAUAUCUCAAGAAAAGGUCAAAACCUGUUAUUUUCAUUUUUUGUCCCUUUCAUUGCUUCCCAUUUGCAGAAUGUGUACAAUACAUAAAGGCAUUUUUCUUAUUUGAAUGGGGCUUCUGGUCUGGUCGGGACUACUAUUCCUGGCAUGUUCUAUGAAUGUGUUGAGAGGCUACGAGAAACACCGAAGGGCAGGUGUUGAUCUGUCAUAUAAGUGUAGUGGUCGUCUCCUUGAAAUUGCCAUUUUAGUCCUGUUGCUUUGUAAUUGGAUGGAUGAAUUUUCACUGAUCUGAACGCGGACGCUAAAUCUAUUUUUGCAAAAUAACACUUAGGUAUCACUUAGUCCACGGCAUCCUGUAUUGAUUGAUUUUAAAAGUGAUUAGUAGACGCAAAAUAAUUUAAAGAUGAACCCGUUGGGCGGCUGCAAUCGUGGAUCAACCUAACUUUGUUUGAAUCUUUUUUAGGAAUAGUUCCUAGUGCAGACACAAUGAAAGGUUGUUCAUGCACAAUUUUAUAAUGUCCAUUAGCUAGUUCAUUUUUGAUCUGAGAUUCAGAUCGCGCGCGCAUAUUCCCGACGUGGCAGAUUUAUAAUUGUCCAUAUUUACGGGUUUUUUAAUAGCUUCUGGGUCGACUAUAUGAAAGCCCUAUUUAAUUCCUGUUAAGAGAAAUUCACGUUCACAUAUAUUUGGAAGGUUGCGCUCCCAUGGGUCAUAAUUGAGUGACGUAGUUGUAUGUCACAUAGAGGAAGAUGGAGGUGUUGCCUGUUGCACAUUUUAUGAGGAAGUUGUCUGUUUGUUGUGUAAUUAAGUGUGCCGAUAUCGACAAUUUGUACCAAACGGGCAGGAUCUCUCCGCUUUGAAAAUACGACAAUCUUCACGUGGCUGAUUGGAAGUUGUACCUGAUGUCAUAUUCUGUCGGACACGCUUCGGGAUGAGAAUUUGUAAUAUAUGUGGGGUGAAAAUGAUCCCCAUUGGAAUUGAUGUUCUGUCUGAAGUUCUCUAUACGAGUGGUCAAAAUUAAGCACAUUAUUCCAUUCGUAUAUUUCGGCGAAUUCGUAGACUUUGAUUGUGUACGCUAGAUAAUAUUCAAUAGUGGUGCGCUGCAUUCCCCUGUCGACAAUAGAUGGUUAAGCAGUCGCAUAUUAGCGGCUCCCCAUUCUUCAAAUAUGGGUCAUCCUCCUCAGUUCGCAAGACCAGCAUCUCCGCAUCGACUGUGCCUGUUUUUUAGGAUAAAUUCCUUCCGACUAUUUUGCCGUCUUCUCUUACAUUUUUUGUCAGGAAUUGUGUAAUAUGGACCGCUUUUUGAGAUUUUGCUUUUAAUGUUUUAGACGAUAAUUAAAUUUGUAUUGAUGUUCACAUGUACAUGUAUAUUAUCAUUAACGGAGGGUCACGUGAAUUUUAUAUGUUCCAUAUUUUUUGUUGUCUUAUUAAACUGUUUUUAUGUAACAUUUCUUGCUUAAUGAUCAUUUGUCAUACUUAUUCAUGCUUUGUUUCAAAUGAAUAUUGUUAGCUUAAUAUUUCUGAUCGCACAUUAUAAUUUGUCAUAAAUUACGUAAUCUUACCUGCUGCACAUUUCGUAGUUGAUAGCUAUAGAUAGUUUUAGUUAAUAAAGAUCUCAGUAUCCCUUAUUUGUCAUUGCUUUUUGAUUAAAUAGAAUUAAAUCUUUUUAAUUUCAUUUAGAUUUUACAAACAGCAGCGCCCCUUUGCAGUGCCCCGUUUAAUGCCACGUGACGUGCCCAAUGGGAUUCUGGGAGUUACCAUGAAUCGCUGGUCAGUUUUAAGCUUGCUUUCUAGCGCUAUACAUAUAAUAAAUAUGCUCAGCAAUUUACCACCCUUACCCUCCCUUUUUUUCUUUAAUAUUUUUUUUUAUUUCAUGCUUUUUAACCAGAAGUAGACGACGAUAACUAAAUCUGUAUUGAUGUUCACAUGAACAUGUAUAUUAUUAUAGACGGAGGGUCACAUGAAUUUUAUAUGUUGCACAUUUUUUGUUGUCUUAUAAAACUGUUAUGUAACAUUUCUUGCUUAAUGAUCAUUUGUCAUACUUAUUCAUGCUUUGUUUCAACUGAAUAUUGUUAGCUUAAUAUUUCUGAUUGCGCAUUAUAAUAUGUCAUAAAUUACGUAAUCUUACCUGCUGCGCAUUUCGUAGUUGGAGCUAUAGAUAGUUUUAGUUAAUAAAGCUCUCAGUAUCCCCU